AUGGCUGCCAACAAAGUAGCCAUCUUCGGCCUCAUCGCCACCCUCGCGGUGGCCGGAGCGGUGGCUGCCGCCAUAAUCCUCGCCGGAAACACCAACACCAAGACAACCAAAGACCAAACAAACAACAUAAGCACAUCACAAAAGGCAAUUCAAGACCUAUGCCAAAGCACGUACUACCAACAAACAUGCACCGAAACCCUAUCGAACGCAACGAACUCCUCCGAUCCCCAAACCCUAAUCCAAACUAUUUUCGAAAUCGCCAUUAGCCAUCUCAACAACACCAUCCAACAAUCGGGCCCGCUCCAACAAAUCUCGAACGACCCCAAAACGUCCCAAGCGUACAAAACAUGCACGAAAGUCCUCGACGACUCGAUCCAAGAUCUCCGAAAAACGAUCCAUCGGACAGAAACGUUCGAUUUCUUCGAUUUCUCAAUCUUCAUCGACGACAUCAAAACAUGGCUAACCGGUGCACUAACGUACCAAGAAACAUGCCUCGAUUCCUUCGAGGACACAAAAGGUGACCAUGCGGAAACAAUGAGGCAAUUAUUGAAGCUCUCGCGCGAGCUCACAACCAACGGCCUCGCAAUAGCCAACCAAAUCCACAGAUUAUUCCUUCCGAACUUGUUGGCUCCUCCGGUGGCCCCCACCAAGCACCAGCUGGCGGAUCGAAAGCCGUUAUCGCCACGUGGCGAUAGUAAUUAUUACCGUAAGCUCCUCCAAAUGGCGAGUGAUAGAAGAUAUGAUACACCGAAUGUGGUGGUGGCUAAAGAUGGAUCGGGCAAGUACAAGACCGUUACGGAAGCGUUGAAAGAAGUUCCGGAGAGAAGCAAUGAGACGUUCGUGAUCCACGUUAAGGAAGGUGUGUAUGAGGAAUAUGUUGAGAUUACGAGCGGCAUGUGGUCGGUCGUGUUGGUCGGAGAUGGGCCCACCAAGACUCGGAUCACCGGAAAGAAGAGCUACGGUGGUGAUGGUUUGGGAACGUACUUCACCGCAACCUUCUUAUUAUACUUUGAAAUGAUUUAUGUAGGAAUUGAUGGCGACAACUUCAUCGGCAAGGACAUAGGAUUCGAGAACACAGCGGGUGCUAUCGGGUACCAAGCGGUGGCGCUGCGCGUCUCCGCCGACAAAGCAAUCUUCUACAACUGCCACAUCGACGGCUACCAAGACACGCUCUACGCGCACAACCACCGCCAGUACUACCGCGACUGCACCAUAAGCGGCACGAUCGACUUCAUCUUCGGCAACGCGCGUGCCCUAAUACAGAACUGCACGCUCCUCGUCCGGAAGCCGCUCGACAACCAGGCAUGCGUCGUCACGGCAAACGGCCGGACGUUGAGCAACGAGACGUCAGCGUUCGUGAUCCACGGCUCCCGAGUCGUGGCGGCCCCGGAGUAUCCGGUCGACGACAAACGCAUCCAGUCUUUUCUCGGCCGGCCGUGGAAGGAGUACUCGAAGACGAUAUUCAUGGCGUCGGAGAUCGAGGGUUUCAUAAGCCCCGAGGGGUGGUCGCCGUGGGACAACACGGCGGACCAUCUCGACACGUGUUGGUACGCGGAGGUUGGCAACCGGGGGCCGGGCGCGGAUUUGACGAAUAGGGUGAAAUGGCCGGGGAUCAAGAAUAUUACGAUGGCGGAGGCGGCGCAGUUUGCUCCGACGAUGUAUAUGGAUAGUGGUCAUUGGAUUGAGGGUAAAGGCAUACCCUUUGAUUCUGUCUUGGAAAUGGUCAUCAAGAAUUAAUUCAUUUCAUUUUCUUGAUUUCUUAAUUUUUUUUCUGGAGUUUAAUUAAUUUUGUUCAUUAGAACAUGAACUUAAUUAAUUUCCAGCAAAUUUCGGACAAGUGUGAGGGUUUUUGGGAAAUUAAUGAGAAAUAUUAUUGAUCA